AUGGCCAAGAACAAACUAAGAGGGCAGAGGUCCAGGAAUGUUUUCCAUAUAACCAGCCAAAAAACGUUAAGGUUAAAAAUAAAGCCAAACCAGUUUACCACUAAUCUUCUGAAGAUAAACACUUCUUAUGUAUAUGAUGUGUGUGAUGAAAAAGUUAAUAGAGCGAACAAAGCUUUUGCAGAUACACAAAAGGCAUUUGCACAUUUCUCAAAAGGCCCUUCUCUUGAACCUCUGCAGAAACAGCUGACACCUCAGCAGUGUCAUAAAAAUGAACCCGCUAAUGUUGAUGAAGCUACAAGAUUAACGGCUCCGCUGUAAUACACUGGUGAUGUAUCAAAUUCCCCCCACCCAAAGGCCACUAAAUUAAAUGUUUUAUACAAUAAGUAAAUAAAGAAAUAAAACCCCAAAAAAAGAAUUAUGUGUUCAACCAAAAUCAU